UAGAAUGACUUGCAGUUUUGGCUGCUUAUGCAAUCGAUCCUGAAAUUACUAAAUUUGGUGGAUUCAGACUAUUUUUCGUAAAGAUGACAACUACAGAAUCAGUACAAGAACCAGACUUGAGCACAAGCAGUGACAAGAAGAGAGAAAUGACGAUAGAAAACGGAAACGAAAGGCGGAUUUGCCGAAGAUCAUGCAGUUUGAGGCGGAAUGAUGACGGUGAAGGAUUUUUAUAUCGAUGGAUGCCGAGGUGGAGUCCUACAUCAGCGAAGCUUCUAGAAAAAGCAGAGGAGAAAAUUCUUGGCUGUCUAACUGUGCCAUACAAAUCUUUCUUUGCGGAUAUCGACGAUGGAGCGAACCAAAUCAGAACGCUGGAGAUGAACCCUUCCAAUUCAACCAAGACACCUUAUGUCCUCAUCCACGGUUUCGCUAGUGGCGUUGCACUCUGGGUAAUGAACUUGGAAGGGCUGGCAGUCAACAGACCUGUCUAUGCCAUAGACGUCAUGGGGUUCGGACGCAGCUCACGCCCCAAGUUUCCAUUCGGAGCAGAGGCUGCUGAAGCAGAGUUUGUCCGAUCCAUCGAGGAAUGGAGGAAAUCUGUGGGCUUAGAGAAAAUGAUCCUGAUUGGUCAUAGCUUGGGUGGUUUCCUAUCAUCGGCAUACAGCCUGGCCCACCCUGAGAGGGUGAAGCACCUAGUUCUCCUAGAUCCUUGGGGUGUGGUCAAGAGAGACGAGGAGGAGAAGUUGGAGCUGCCUUACUGGGCUCGCAUCGUAGGAACCAUUGCACUUUCCUUCAAUCCAUUGUCAACGAUAAGGGCUGCAGGGCCACUAGGACCUUAUUUGAUUAGAAAAGCAAGAGGAGAAACUGUUGGAAGGAAAUUUUCAUCGCUCUUCAGUGAUGAUCGCAUCUCACAGUACAUCUACCACUGCAAUGCACAGUAUCCAGCUGGCGAACAAGCUUUCAAGGAUAUCAGCAUGCAGGUUGGUUGGGCCAGGAACCCCUUAGAAGACAGGAUAGGAGAAUUGCCAGCCCACAUCCCCAUCAGUAUGAUCUACGGUUCAAGGAGCUGGAUGGACUUCACUGGAGGGAGCCUGGUGAAGCAGUUAAGACCUAACUCCAGGGUAGAUGUCAGGAUAAUUAAAGGAGCAGAUCACCAUGUUUAUGCCGAUAAAAGUGGCCAGCUCAAUGAAUUGAUCAACUCGUUGUGCAAGGAUUCAUCGUGAGAAACCAUGGGUCUGCUUUAUCAUAUCUGACCAAUCUUUAAGCAACUCACCCAGUCGGUAGACUGUUAAUAAACCAGAGACAUCAA